CUACUGAGCAUUUCAUCACAGAGCAGAGAGAAAGCUGGAGAGAGAAGAGAGGGAUCACAGUUAGAGUCGCCACUGUGGAAGAUCUGUGGACAAACGGAGGGAGAAAAACAAGAAGAGAGGCGAGGGACGCGUUCGGAAAAGCACCAGGCUGAAGAUGGUGUGUCCGUCCUGGUUGGUAAUGGUGGUGAUGGCUCAUGUGUGUGUUCCCGGGUUUGGCUCAGCAUGCUGGGACAACUCCAUCUGCAACGACCUGAGCAACAAGGAGCGAAUACUGGAAUGCAUUCACGUCUGCAUGUCAGUGAUCCAGAAUGAAUUCCCCAAACUCACCUCCCUGAAGGUUAAUAGUGAAGAUGAUGAUGUGUUACUCAGUAUUUUGCUGAACUCCGUGGCCCCCGGAGACAAGACCCUGGAGCCCAGACUGAGGGCCCACAGCAACGAGCGCCGCUCCUAUUCCAUGGAGCACUUUCGCUGGGGCAAACCCCCCGCCCGUAAACGCCGACCUAUCAAAGUCUUUGCCUCUUCUCUGGAGGGAGGGGGCUCCUCGGAGGGUAGUUUCCCCCUACAGGCUCGAAGGCAGCUGGGGAGUAAUGAGGAUGAUCUGAGCUCUGACAGACAACAAACCCAGGGAUUGGCGAGAAUGAUGGUCAGCUCCAAAUCAAAUGCCCCAUUUAGCCCACAGCAAAGAAAAGAUGGGACGUAUCGGAUGAGUCACUUCAGAUGGGGGAGUCCACCUGCCUCUAAACGCAAUGCCAACUUUAUGAAGCUGGGGGAGGAGAAACCCCAGGGGCAGCUGGCCAAGCUCUUCAGGAACAUUGUGGUCAAAGAUUUGCAGAGGAUAAUGGGAUGAGUGGAGGAGCAAAGGGAAGCUGAUGAAAGAGUCUAAUAGCCAUUGCAUGUUAGUACAGAUCUUACUUUUAAAAUCCAAGAAAAAGUGUCACUAUCAUUAGCAUGUUGUCGAAUGUACCUUCUGGGCCAAAGUCUCUCAGCACAACCUUAACCUAAGACAAGAAAAAGGCAGGAUUAUAUUCAAUAAAAGCAAUGAUGCACCCACCGACUGCCUUGACCUUCUUGGCCUUGAAUUGAUAGUUUUCUGAGAUUUUCUUUUUUUUCCAUACGGGGAACAUCAUCACCGAUCCAAAUGUUUAGAAAGAACGAAUUAACAAUGAAUAGUGAAUGGAAAAGCAGGUGUAUAAUAUACAGUAUAUGUAUUUAAAGUACAUUGAAAAAGAAUACAGUUUAUUUGCAGUGUUUCCUUUUUGUAAAUUAACAUAUUAAAGAUAACUCUGGCAAACAAUAAGAGAAAUGUUGUACUGAUUUUACACAAUGAGGCACAGAAAGACACACAUUUACAUUUUAUCUCACAUCAUUACACAUUAGAUACGUUUCA